AUGGGUAAGAAGAUAAAGAAGGAAGUAGAACCCCCUCCUAAGGAUGUGUUUGAUCCAUUAACAAUUGAAAGCAAAAAGGUAGCAACUGUGGUGCUAAUGCUUAAUUCUCCUGAAGAAGAAAUUUUGGCCAAAGCAUGUGAAGCCAUUUAUAAGUUUGCUUUAAAAGGUGAGGAAAAUAAAGCAACCCUCCUUGAACUUGGAGUAGUGGAACCUUUAACUAAACUGCUCACCCAUGAAGACAAAAUUGUAAGAAGAAAUGCCACUAUGAUAUUUGGAAUCAUGGCUUCUAAUAAUGAUGUUAAAAAACUGUUGAGAGAGUUAGAUGUCAUGAACUCUGUUAUUGCUCAGCUUGCGCCAGAAGAAGAGGUAGUCAUCCACGAGUUUGCUAGUCUUUGCCUAGCAAACAUGUCUGCAGAGUAUACCAGCAAAGUGCAGAUAUUCGAACACGGUGGCUUAGAGCCCCUCAUCAGACUGCUGAGCAGCCCCGACCCCGAUGUGAAGAAGAACUCCAUUGAGUGCAUUUACAACCUGGUCCAGGAAUUUAAAUGUCGAACUACACUUCCAGAACUAAAUGCAAUCCCUCCUAUAUUAGAGCUUUUUAAGUCAGAAUAUCCAAUUAUUCAGUUGUUGGCUCUCAAAACCUUAGGUGUUAUUACAAAUGAUAAGCUGUCACGAACAAUGUUAAGAGACAAUCAAGGGAUGGAUCACCUUAUUAAGAUUCUGGAAACUAAGGAAUUGAAUGACCUUCAUAUAGAAGCGCUUUCAGUGAUAGCCAAUUGCCUUGAAGAUAAGGAUACCAUGGUGCAGAUGCAACAGUCAGGCGGUCUUAAGAAGCUCUUAACAUUUGCAGAAAACUCUACAAUUCCUGAUAUUCAGAAGAAUGCAGCAAAAGCAAUUACGAAAGCCGCUUAUGACCCUGAAAACAGAAAAUUUUUUCAUGAACAAGAGGUUGAAAAAUGCCUUGUGACCCUUUUGGGCUCUGAAAGUGAUGGAACUAAAAUUGCUGCUUCCCAAGCGAUUUCAGUGAUGUGUGAGAAUUUAAGCAGCAAAGGAUUUUUCAACCAUCAGGGGAUCCCACAGUUAGUUCAGCUGCUGAAAAGUGACAAUGAAGAGGUAAGGGAGGCCGCAGCCCUGGCCCUGGCUAACCUGACCACUUGCAAUCCCACAAAUGCCAAUGCUGCUGCUGCAGCUGAUGGUAUUGAUCCAUUAGUAAACACCCUGUCCAGUAAACGAGACGGAGCCGUGGCCAACGCCGCCACUGUGCUGACCAACAUGGCAACGCAGGAGGCUCUGCGCAUGAACAUCCAGAGCCGCGACAUCAUGCACGCCCUCAUCGGCCCGCUGCAUUCCGCCAACAUCGUCGUGCAGAGCAAAGCCGCUCUCACCAUCGCUGCGAUUGCGUGUGAUGUUGAGGCCCGGGCAGAGUUAAGAAAUUCGGGUGGGUUGGAGCCCCUCAUAGAGCUCCUGCGCUCCAAGAACGAUGAGGUCAGAAGGAACGCCAGCUGGGCCGUGAUGGUCUGUGCCAGCGAUGAGCUGAUGGCCGGUGAAUUAUGCAGGCUCGGGGCUUUAAAUAUCCUUGAAGAAAUUAAUCUAUCAGUAAGUCGAAAAAAUAAAUUCAGUGAGGUAGCUUAUAACAAAUUGCUCAACAACCACCUGUCUCUGAAAUACAGCCAGACUGGCUACUUGUCAUCAACUAACAUCAUUAGUGACGGCUUCUAUGAUUAUGGCCGGAUAAAUCCUGGCACCAAAUUUUGGCCUUUGAAGGAUCUCUGCUUACAAGAACCAAAUGACCUACGUACUAUACUCUUGGUUAACAAUAAAUCUGAUGUCUCACCUCCAUCUACGGAAGAUAAAUCCUCAGAAGUUGGAUAUGGGCGAAGUAUUUCUUCUUCCUCUUCUUUAAGAAGACCUAGUAGAGAAAAGGCCAGCGCUGGAUUUGGAUCUCCCAUAGAAGAUAAAUCGGAACCUGCUUCUGGACGAAAUACUGCUGCUAGCAAAAGCGCCACUAAAGAAAAAGCAUCAAGGAAAAGUAAAGGUAAAAAAGAAGAGGAAAAACAAAAGGAGGAGGAAGAGGCUACAGUGGUACUAAAAUGGGCUGGAGAAGGAAACACAGAUAAAGAAUGGUCCCCUCCUGCUGAUCCUGAUUUCUGUGUUUAUGUGUAUGAAGUGACCAAAUCAAUACUUCCCAUAACCAAUACAAGGGAACAGAUUGAGACUCUUGCAAAGUACGUGGCAGAAAAAAUGGGCGGUAAAAUUCCAAAAGAUAAACUACAGGAUUUCAGCUGGGAACUUCAUAUAAGUGAACUAAAAUUUCAACUUAAAUCCAAUGUUGUUCCAAUUGGACAGAUCAAAAAAGGAGUCUUCUGCCAUCGAGCUUUGCUUUUCAAGGCUCUGGCUGAUAAAAUUGGCCUAGGCUGCUCUCUGGUUCGAGGGGAGUACGGCAGAGCUUGGAAUGAAGUGAAGCUGAUGAAUGAAUCUCAAAAGGGAGUGAUUGGAGGUCUCCCUCCUCCUGAAGUAUACAUCGUUGACCUCAUGUUCCAUCCAGGAGCACUGAUGAAGCUGAAAAGUAAAGAAGCAGAUCGUUACAGAUUUCUAUAA